CGCGCGCGCGCAGCAGCAACAAUGUCUCCUCUUCUCCAAACCCACGAGGGAAAGUGUGAGUGAGGAUCAGAAACCUGCAGGAUCUGAAUGUGGGAGACUUCUUCUGACUGACUGUGACAACAUGAUGCACUUCCUGUUGCUGUUCAGUCGGCAGGGGAAGCUGCGGCUGCAGAAAUGGUUCACGCCGCUGACGGACCGGGAGAAAAAGAAGGUGAUCCGCGACAUGAUAGUACUAGUGUUGGCCCGUCCACCACGUUCCUGCAACUUCCUCCAGUGGAGGGACCUCAAGAUUGUUUACAAGAGGUACGCCAGCUUGUAUUUCAGUGUCGGACUGGAUGAGCAGGAUAAUGAGCUGCUGGCCCUCGAGGUGCUGCACAGAUACGUAGAGUUGUUGGAUAGAUACUUUGGAAAUGUGUGUGAGCUGGACAUCAUUUUCAACUUUGAGAAGGCGUACUUCAUCCUGGACGAAUUCCUGAUGGGAGGAGAAGUCGUAGAAACGUCAAAAUUAGCUGUGGGUGCAUCGAUAGAGGAGGCCGACACUUUCCAGGAGACGAUGGAGGAAUACAUGAGCAAGCCUGCCUACUGAGCCGAGACAGCACCAGGAUUUCAAAACUUUAAGCAAAAGGUUUAUUGCUCUGGAAUAUUUUUACUGAAUGACUGCUAAUGACUGAUUUUGCAUCAUGCUGUGGUUGAUUAAUAACCACAAACCUACUUUGUCUAAAAGUGCCUUCUAAUCUUAAAAUUCAUUCAUCUCAGGUUUUAUGAGGAGAUAUGAAAUGUUUUUUUAUAUUUAUUAACUAUUUAAAUAUGUUCUUGCAACCACAUUGAGACGUAACAGGCAAAACAUGUUUAUUUUUAAAUAAAGAAACACCACACGGUAAGGAAAAAAUAAAGUCAAUGCUUUAUUCACCUCAGAUUUGUCACAUAUGGCCACAUUUGAGAAACAAUUAACAAAAAAUAAAGAUAAACACAAGUGAAUCUUAGGGAUGCAACACUGAUUGUGUGUGUGUGUG